AUGUCAAGUGGUACUGUAGUUUCGAGGUACCUUCCACAUGAAGCGCGAGUCCUGUUGCUUACGGAACUAGUUGAUGAGGGCAGAUUCAAUGAUGUGGUUGAACUGUUGGAUUCUACGGGACUAGAGAUUCCUUAUGAGAUGGGAAAGAACAUUUUUGAGGUUAUCAAGACGAGAAUGUUAGAUGUAAGUGAAAACCAGUGGCAGGAUCUGUCUCAGGAUGCGGAAAUGCGUACAUUAGCUCAGGUUACAUGCAAGAUGGACGUUGUAAGAGAAAUGGUGGAACAAUGGAUUGGAAGUCAACUUGUGGACUAUAUCAAGAAUAUUGGGGACAAUGAUUUUUCUCAAGAGAUGAUGUGUGACUUUCCAAGGCCCCAAGAAGAGUGCGAAGCGGUUGUGCUUCUUGCCUUCUUGGAAUUAGUAUACCUUUUCUCGAGCAAAACUCAUAAAUCAAAGCUAGACGGAAUUAUAAUGCUAUUGUUAGGGUGUGAGGACGAAAUUGUGACAUCCAAGUGCUCUAAACUAAUGAGAUGGCAUAUUAAUGAUAUAAUUGAAAGAUGCAAGGCUGAUCAAAUUUUUGAUCGUAACACUUGGGAUUUAAUUGACCGAGUUUUAAGCGGUGAUUCUGACUGCCCUUGGAAGCAAAGGAAUGGUCUGUCUUUUCUCCUAAGGUUCCUGGUGGCUUCAGACCCCACUCCAGCACUUGAAAAGUUUAUACAAAGAGAUGAGUAUUGGAUGCAUGUUCGAGCUGCACUUAGCCAAAAAGUUCACGAGUACCGUAAACUGGGAAUUUCGGUUUUGCAGCUAACGGUAAAGAAAAUUUCUACGUGGCCCGAGUCCUUUUAUACUUCUUUGAUAUCGUGGGAUCCCCUGCAUGGGUCGAAGUUCGUUCAAUCAUGGAAAGAGUUUAUGACACUCUAUGAAAUUGUUAGUUUGGAUACUGCGUUGAAUCAAAUUGAAGCGGCAAGUGGAGGCAUCUUGAAGCUUCUCGACGAAGGGGCCUUCUUGAACCCAAGUUGGGGAUUAAUAUUAUUUUCUACUGGGCUCAGAGCUUCAAUGGAAAGUGUUAGAAAAUACAUGGUAUCACUGUUGUUUCAAGUUAGAGAUAAAUCAGUGUUUGCUACCGAUUUGACCACCUUAAGGGCAAUUUUCUUACCGUCUAUUAUGGAAGCCCAUUUCUUUAAUAGUGAUGGCGCUGACUGUCCCUAUGGUGAACAUUUGGCCAAUUUUAUCUCUGCGAUAAUAACUGAGUCUGCAGAACAAGCGGAUGUUGUGGUUGAGGCCAUGUUGGAAACACUUGUCGAUCAGGGGGGCUCAUUUGAUCCUGCAAGAAUAUAUAUCUCAUUGGGUAUCCUAAAUUCUUUGCGUAAGAAGAACGCAAGAUUACUGAAUGCCAAUCAUCUGGAACUGAUAACAAAACUAUUCGAGUUCGAGAACGAAGAUGCCGUAUUCGAAACAACAAUUCAAACUAUCUAUCUAAAAUUCCUUCUUCACGUUUCUCCAUCAGUUACACCUAUCGAAUGGGCCGAAUGCAUUGUGUCGCAUAUAAAACGUAAUCAAGGCAGUUACGAGUUCUUUUCACCAAUGGCAGGACUGUUUGAGGAUUUCGCAUUGACUUAUUUUGGACCAGAUGCUGGAAGACAGCUUCUCGGCAGAGGCCAAACUUAUGAAUUAAUAGCCAUAAUCCUAUGGAAAUAUGAUGAUGUACCGGUGACACGCGAUCUAUUGAUUGAGGUCGCCAGAUCAGGAGAAAACGUUCCAGUAUACACUGAAAAUGCUACUGAGUACCUAGCUGCCCUGCUUAACGGAAAGGAAGUCAAUUACGAGUGCACUCAUCUUUUUGUCGACUACCCAGGGUUUAGUACCAAUACUUGGAAAUCGAUUGACCUGAAGCCUUUGUAUGAAUCAGUCACGCAAGAAUUUUCGGGCGAUAAGUUGAAGUUCUUUGUUGAAGUCUAUAAAAAGAUCUUCAAAAACACCAUAGACUCAUUUGAACUAAGUUGGCCACAAUUAAAAGAUCUUUAUGAAUUGAUCAAAGAACGCACUAGUUCUUGCACGCUCGUUGACUUCAAAACCAAGGACGAUUUAUAUGGUGUUUACUUCGAUCUACUUUCACUUUGCUUGAAGAUUAAUCCUUUGAAAGAUAGAGAUGAAGUUAACGAGUUUAUAUCCAUGCUCGAGAAUAAUGUACGGAACGACAACGGUAACUUCAAGGGAGAUCAAGGAACAUCUGAGUUGUGUGCUUAUUUUUUGACGACAUAUGUCAGUAACGAAGAAUCUCAAGAAGCCUGGAGCUACGUUUAUCGCAUUUUCGGGCUGUUAACAACGAUUUGGGAUAGUUUCAGCGCCGAAAGACUAGUACUCAAACAGAGAGAUUUACAUCUUUCAACUAUUAAUGGCCUAUUUCAUCCAUCUGUUUUAUUGUUUUCCUCUUUUCCAUCAAAAGAGGGAAAGAAAUUGGCUGAUAAGCAGCAUGAAUACAGCCGAAAAAUUGUCAAGCAGGCCUAUAGCAGGAGAAGCAUGCUACCUUUGAUGGGCCAAAACAUUAAGUAUUUCAUGCAUCUUCAUGGAAAGCAAUUACAGCAAAAUGACGAUUAUUGGUGGCUAAUUGACACAAUGAUUGCGAUAUUUACAUGUACUCAAACUACGGUGAACAUCUUUCAAAUUAAGACAGUUAUUGCUACUUUGUUUGACAAGAAGAUAGGUGCAUAUCAUAGCGGCUCCAGCGGUCUUUAUGAACGCACAUACGGGAUCGAAGAGUCAUCAGCCAAGAUUGAUGUUAUAACUGCUUUAUUGCAAUCUUCUGAUCAUUUUAAAGAUAGGUUUGUUUCAGAGACUAUCAAUCGCACUAAUCUACUUGUCGCCAAAAAGAAGACUGAUGGUGUUGAAGAGAUCCAGAGAUUACUUGAAUGGCAAUUGAUCCUUUUAUGCGUCAGCACGCAGGAGAAAGCCAACUUAGUUGAUACUGCUGCAAGGUUCGUAUUACCAAACCUCGUGGAAGAAAUCUCACCCAUAAUUAGGAUAUACAUGGAGUGGCUCAUUUCUUUGUCGCUAUCCGAGAAUUAUGGUCAGCAAGAUGCCUGCAAUCUGGAAGAUAAGAUAUUCUCAUUAAUGGACGAUCAUGCAAGACCGAUAGUUGUCGUAAGUGCCGAAAGAAUAAUUUACCUUGUCUUGAAAGCACAUAAAUUUAUGAAAGCUACUGGAUUCACUUCGUUAUUGAGCAAGUUCACAAGUAAAGUGGUGCCAAAUGCAACUUCUAAUAAACCACUGGUCAGGCAUUUUUCAAACUCUUUAAUGCUUGACUUCUGGCCAUCCUUCCAGGAAACAUUUAAGGAUACAACUCUGAAGGGUAUCAUUAAAGGACUCUUCGACAAGGCUGAAAGCACCAAAAUGAGCGGUCGGUACAGAGCUGGUGAUGCAAAUUUUUGGGAUAUAAAUGCCGACCUCACCUUAAUCGGAAUUUUUGGCGGCGUAAUGAAGAAGACUAUCGACCACGACCUGCCGUUUAUUUCUGAGAAGAAGUUUAAACAAUAUUUACCUUCAACAAAUCUAUUUCCAGUUGGUCAGGACGAGAGUUCACUGUGGCUAUUGAAAAGAAGUACUAACAGAUAUGCAGCCAAUAUGGCAGAUAUGUCGAGUGAGUCUACACAACUUCAAACCAAGAGUGGUGCAUGGGAAACAUUAAUGGACAUUGAUAGCGAUACCCCAGAUAAAAAUGUAACAAGAUCGGACCUAAUCGUUGUGUCUUCACUGGUCGACAAACCGCCCAACCUCGGUGGUAUUUGUAGAUUAUGCGAUGUGCUUGGUGUGGGCCUACUGGCGGUGCAGGAUAUAAGAGUGAAGAAUCAUCCACAAUUCAAAAAUGUUGCCGUCACGGCUGAUAGAUGGAUGCCCAUGGCUGAAGUAUCGAUUCAAGGAAUCGCUGAUUUCAUGCAAGAGAAGAAGAAAGAGGGCUAUGUGUUGAUUGGACUUGAACAAACAGAUAACUCGGUCAAACUCGAUACCCAUUACAAAUUCCCCAAGAAAUCACUAAUUUUGCUAGGUACCGAAGCGCACGGUAUCCCAGGUGAUCUGUUGAGCCAACUGGAUCUCUGUUUAGAGAUCCAGCAGUUUGGCGUCAUCAGAUCAAUGAACAUUCAAACCGCUACAGCUGUUAUUGUCCAUUCGUACACGAUUCAACAUAUGUAA